GCUUUUAGACCGUGACGGUGUGUCCCUCAUCACGCCAUUUUCAACAUGGCUGCCGUCCACACCGAGCUCGAGUUGGGGGAGGAAAAGUGCGAUCCCCCUCGCGAAGACGGGCCCGAGGAAGGCGACAAGGAGGGCGGAGAGACGGAGGGAGAGAAGAAGAAAAAGAAGAAGAAGAAAAAGAAGAAAGGAGGAAGCCCAACUCAGCAGGAGGGUGGAGAUGCACCUGCAGACGGCACAGAACAGCUGACGGAACAGAUGGCAGCUGUCCAGGUGCAGAAUGGACCCAAGACAGGGGAGGAGGAGGGAGAGGACGAACAAGAUGGUGAGGAGACGGCAGGAGGGGAGGGGAAGAAGAAGAAAAGACGCAGGAAGAAGAAGGGAGGCCAGGGUGGUGAACAGGGUGGUACCACUCCAGCAGAGGGAGGGGCAGCUCCCAAAACUGUGUCAGGACAGACAGAUCCUCCCACUGUUCCUGUCUCCCAGCUCUUCCCAGAUGGAAACUUCCCCGUGGGACAGAUAAUGGAAUAUCCCGAAGUUUCUGUGGACGGCCGCUCAGCGAAAGACCGUACGACAGACGCUGAGAAGAAAGCCCUGGACCGUUCCCAGCUGGACCUGUACAACGAGAUUCGGGAGGCGGCGGAGGCUCACCGACAGGUUCGGCACCACGUCCAGUCCUUCAUCAAGCCGGGGCUGACCAUGAUAGACAUCUGUCAGAGGCUGGAGGACGCUUCCAGAAAGUUGAUAAAUGAGGACGGUUUGAAGCGCGGUCUGGCGUUCCCGACGGGGUGCUCGCUGAACCACUGCGCCGCCCACUACACGCCCAACGCCGGGGACGACACCGUGCUGCAGUACGACGACGUCUGCAAAAUAGACUUCGGCACUCACGUGAACGGCCACAUCAUCGACUGUGCCUUCACUGUGACCUUUAACCCCAAGUACGACCAGCUGCUGGCAGCCGUGAAGGACGCUACCAACACCGGAAUCAAGGAAGCAGGAAUUGAUGUGCGACUGUGUGACAUUGGAGAGAGAAUACAGGAAGUCAUGGAGUCAUACGAAGUGGAACUAGGGGGCAAAACUUACACAGUCAAGCCCAUCCGUAACCUGAAUGGACACUCCAUCGCCCCGUACAGAAUCCACGCCGGAAAGACUGUGCCCAUCGUCAAGGGAGGCGAUGCUACAAGAAUGGAGGAGAAUGAGUUCUAUGCCAUUGAGACUUUUGGCAGUACAGGGAAGGGGGUGGUACACGAUGACAUGGAGUGUUCCCACUACAUGAAGAACUUUGAGGCAGGCCAUGUACCACUCAGAAUGCAGCGUGCCAAGCAGCUCCUGGGCGUGAUCAACCAGAACUUCGGCACGCUGGCGUUCUGUCGCCGCUGGCUGGACCGCCUCGGCCAGACCAAGUACCUCAUGGCGCUCAAGAACCUGUGCGACGCGGGCAUCGUGGACCCGUACCCACCGCUCUGCGACGUCAAGGGCUGCUACACCGCGCAGUUCGAGCACACCAUCAUGCUCAGGCCCACGUGCAAGGAAGUUAUCAGUAGGGGGGAUGACUACUAAAUAAAAACAGUGUAGAAGACUACUAGUGCUGAGAACUGUGUAGAAAAUAUUUGACUUGUUUCUGACCUGCAAAACAAAAAAUGCCUGCAUUAAGUGCUCAGGUGCUGCCCCCUAGCGCCUCUUACCGGUACUGCAGUUUCACAGAUUACUUAGGAAGAUAUCAGCAGGGGCAGGACUACUAAGUAGUGCUAAAAACAUUGUAGAAAAGA